UGCAAUUCUAUUUAGUCAAUUAGCCUUUGCAAUCAGAUUAGAUAACUAAACGGAUGGAAACAAGAAAUUGCGGUUGUCGACAGCGAUCCACCAUUUGGCCGCGCUCCCACACAAGAGCGAGCAAGAGCGAAUAACUUAACUUAACGAACGAAUAUUCGCCUUAUCAGUUUGAAAAGCUUUGUCGUCAAAUAGUGUCUACCGAAACGCUGAAGUGAGCGCAACGCUGCGCGCAUAUUGCGAUUGAGAGCGAGUGCGAGUGCGAGAGGGAGAGCGCAUUGAGAAGGGAAUCGCGUGUGCAAGCGAACAAAAGACAAUGAGCUGGUGGAGCAAAAAGAAAUCCACCGACGAAGGCGUCAGCGCCGAUCGAGCGCUGGCGCAGCAGGAUCCACGCACACGGGUGCACACAACAAGCGCUGCCACCCUAACGACAAAUACGGCCGUGCAGAAUUCAACGAUAAUAGAUAACAACAAAAAUACGGUAACGUAUCGGUCCACACGUCAGACGGUGACGCAUAGCCAGCGGGCGCAUGUUACGGAAAUAACAACACGUCGCACACCAAGCCAGGCCGAGCUGGACGAGCUCCUGGCGCAGCUGCAUAUAAACGCUGGCAAAGCUGGCAGCACCACAACAACAACAACCACCAGCAACAGUAGCAAGCGUUUUAGUCCAUCCAGCCUGAAUGGUGUGGCACUGCGUUCGACCACCUCGUUCAAGCCCAAUGCGGAGGCAAGGCGCUCCAGCACAUUGGUCAAGCUGGAGCAGACGAGCAUGUCACAGAAGCAGGGACGCACUGUGACACAGCAUGUGGUAACCGAACGGGUGGUGCUGAAUCCCGGCAAGACCAGUUGGCCGCCAAAAUCGACAAGCACAACAACUACCUCAACGGGCAGCUCAGGCACGUCUGCAAACAAGCCAUAUGUGUCGCCAUUUGCGCUAAAACCAAUCGAUUCCAGCUAUGUAUCGCCCUAUGCCUCCAAGACGAGCAGCAUCACUAGCUCUGUGCUGUCCAAGCCAACGACUAGCCAAUCUGUGCUGUCCAAGCCAACGGUUAGCCCAUCUGGGCGCAACCCCAUUCCCAGCACUGCCUUUGCCACAAAGCCGAUACUGUCGACCCCAAAGACAACUGUGGUCAAACCAUUUAUUAGCCUUAAUCCGAGCAACGGUGCGGUGUCCAAACGUUAUCCAAGCAUUACCAACAGCGAUGCAAAAUGUGAGCUCAGGCCAACGGUAUCACAGAAUAUUACAAUACCCAAACCCAAGCCGGUUAUCAAGAAGAAACUGAAGCCAGCUGUUGUUGUCAUCUUCAAUCAGGAGAAAUUCAACAAUCCAAAUAAUGAGUUCCGUUCGGGUAGCUCCGAGGAUGUUAAAUCGUUGGAUAAAACCUUCAGGGCGCUCAAGUGCAAGGUGCAAAUCAUCACGGACGCAACGCUCAGUGAGCUCAAGAAUACUGUCCGCAAAUUGGAACAGAAAAACAUGGAGGAUCGUUCAGCGCUGGUUCUGGUCAUAUUGAGUCACGGGCAACGGAAUGAAUCGGUGGCCGUCAAGGAUGGUGAAAUCAAAAUAGACGACGAUGUCAUCUUUCCCAUAUUGCGCAACCGCACGCUGCACGAGAAGCCGAAGAUACUUUUCGUGCAGGCCUGCAAAGGUUACAUGAAGCCGGGAUCGUUCAAGACUGAUGCAAUGCUGCCUCAUGGUAUUCCCAGCGAGAUUUUAAAGUGCUACAGCACCUACGAGGGUUACCUCUCCUAUCGCCUUGACACUGGUACGCCCUUUAUUCAGUCGCUAUGCGAUACUUUAAGCUCGAAGCCGGAUGUUGACAUCGAAACCAAUAUGAAAGAUGUGAUACGUUUGGUAAAGAGCUAUACCAGUGAUGCCCAAGUACCGUCAGUAACCAGUACAAUGACCACCAAAUAUGUUUUUGGAGAUUAUGUUUAAGCUGCUUGCCUUCUGAUUAACAUCUAAGAUAUAGCCAUACGUUAGAGCCAAUACGUGAUAGAGACUGUAUUCCAAUUAUGUAUACAUACAUACAU